UCCUCCCCCUCUGUGAGCCACGUCAUAACAAAUCACAAACAGACAUGGCGGCGCGCUGCAUCUGCACGGCUUUGCUGGCAGUUUUUGCGCUAAUUUCGGCGUUUUUAGCGAUAUUUUAUGCGACAGGUUCAGAUGUCACGUGUCCGGCGGUGUCUCUGGCCGUUGUAACCGGGCUGGUGUCGCUGUGGUUGCGGAGGUUGCGGGAGCGGGACGCCGGGACCGACCGGCGGGUGUGUGUGCUGGUGUUGGGGGACAUCGGUCGCAGUCCUCGGAUGCAGUAUCACGUCCUGUCGCUCAGCAAACACGGAUAUCAUGUUACUUUUGUCGGAUUUUUAGACACCAAACCUCAUCAAGACGUGCUGAGAGAGGAGAAGAUAAAAAUAGUCUCCAUAGCAGAGGUGAAAGGAGUUCAAGUUGGACCUAAAGUCCUGACGUAUGUGACGAAGGUGAUGGUUCAGUCUCUGCAGCUUCUUCAUGUGCUGCUGAAGAUGGAGCUGCAGUCUCAUAUUCUGAUGCAGAAUCCUCCAGGUUUGCCCGGCAUCGCAGUGUCCUGGCUCGUGUGCGUCCUGCGCGGCAGCACAUUCGUCAUCGACUGGCACAACUACGGCUACACCAUCAUGUCCCUGAGCCACGGAUCCACACACCCGGUGGUCCGCCUGGCAAAGUGGUACGAACACUUCUUCGGCCCUCUGGCCUCUCACAACCUGUGUGUUACAAACGCCAUGAAGGACGACUUGCAGAAAAACUGGGGCAUCAAGGCGACCACGCUGUACGACAGACCAGCUGCCAUUUUCAGAGAGACUCCACUGAAACUGCAGCACGAACUCUUCAUCAGACUGGCCGACACUCAUCCUCAGUUCAAACACAGCGGGUGUGAGGAUGAGGACGGUGGGGUGGAGAGGACAAUCUUCUCAGUUCGUGACCUCACUGAUGACACGGUGACGUUGAGGGCGGAGCGACCGGCGCUGCUGAUCAGCAGCACCAGCUGGACAGAGGAUGAAGAUUUCUCCAUCCUGCUGAAGGCUCUUGAAGAAUAUGAAGAUUUCAUUAAAGGAGGAGCUUCUUUACCAUCACUAGUCUGUGUGAUCACAGGUAAGGGUCCUCAGAAGGAACACUACAAGAAGCUGAUCGACUCUCUGCAUUUACAACAUGUGAAGAUCUGCACUCCCUGGCUGGAGGCAGAAGACUAUCCAGUCUUAUUAGGUUCAGCAGAUCUGGGUGUUUGUCUCCACAAGUCGUCCAGCGGUCUGGAUCUGCCCAUGAAGGUGGUGGACAUGUUUGGCUGCUGCCUGCCCGUCUGUGCAAUCCACUUCAACUGUUUACAUGAGCUGGUGAAACACGAGGAGAACGGACUGAUCUUCAGAGACUCUCAGGAGCUGGUCGACCAGCUGAAGUCUCUGCUGUCAGAGUUUCCCAGUUCAGAGGGCAGACUGGGUGCGUUCAGGAGGAACCUCCGGUCCAGCAGAGGGCAGCGCUGGGACGACAACUGGGACCAGAACGUGCUGCCUCUGAUCACCGCUCCGUGACACAUGAUGGGAUCUUUAAGGACCAAUAUCUUCAGACUAUAAAACAUCUAAAAAUGGACCACGUGUUUCCCUCUUGAGAACAGUAAAGUGUUAAUUCAACCACUAACAUUUGCUGGGAUGGUUUUAAGUUUGGACAGAACAACAGAAAGUGACACACAGAUGAACAGCAGAGAAGUCGUGUUAGAAUAUUUCAGAUAGAAGAAAGUAGGUACAUCUGUUGUUUAAUGUCUUGAAGGUGGAGGAUUCUGUCGGAGCAGACGGGACGAUGAGGUGAAGGAAUCUGUGAUUUCUCCACCUGAACAAAAACCUUUUUUUCCUUCCAGUGGUUUUUUUCCUACUUCAGAGCACUUGAAUGUAUAAAAACACUUUGAUAUGAUGUACAUUUGUAAAUAAAAUCUUUAUUGUGCUACAGACA